GUGGAUGGCUCCGGAAACAUUGAGGCGGCCGCAGUUAUGGUCGGCUAAGAGCGACGUUUGGAGCUUCGGAGUGCUUCUGUACGAAAUGUUCAACAACGGGGAAAAGCCGUGGCCUGAUGACGAACCGAAGAGGAUUGCAACUCAUAUACGAAGAGGGAGAAUGCCCGCUAUGCCUCCUGGCACACCGCCCCAGAUAGUACAACUUACAACGAACAUAUGGAAUAUCAGCCCUGAAUCAAGGCCUACGAUGGACGAAUUGUGCAGGCAUCUUAAAACGCUAAAUAAAGUGGAUUUCAA